AUGGUCCGAAUUAAGAAUCGGUACCUACUGGUCAAUAUUCUCUAUCCAGAAUUGGAGAAAGGCGCAUCAAAGAGCGAAAUCCCCGACGUCAUCUCCUUCAAUCAGCCUACAACGAACGCUCUGAAUGCGCCAACCUUGCUGAGGGGCAUACGGGCAGGAGUUGCGGAUUUAUUCGGUGAUUAUGGAUCCGGUGCCAUCGCAAGUAGUCUUGCAAUCAAAUAUCUUUCUCCUGCGACUUCAACAUUCAUACUACGAGUUUCGCGCGACCAUUAUCGCAUUGCGUGGGCGGCAUUGUCAUUCAUGAACAGUGUGCCGAUCAAGAAUGGCAAAAACUGUGUGUUUAGGGUUGUGAGAGUUAGUGGGACGAUCAGGAAGGCGGAGGAGGAAGCUAUUCGCAGGGCGAAGGAAAUUAUUGUCAAAGCACGAAGGGAGGCGGGCGAGAAGGGCGAAUCGACACUCGACAACAUAUUUGGGAAGACUAAAGAUGGCACUACGGAGUCUACGAAAGAUGUGCUUAUGGUGGAUGGAAGUGACAGCGAGGAAGAGGGAUAUAUGAGUGAUGGCGAUGGAUGA